UCUGAUUUUCUAUUUUACCCUCCACCAUUCCCCGUAAUACCUGUCCAUUAUAAGCUUCUGCUAAAGUUGUAUUGUAAAGUCCCUCUCCUUGUCUUCCACUCCCCUUUACCGUUUCCCCUUCCCCAGUUCAAUGGCAGACCUGAAACCCGAACCUUCCUCUUCAAUGCCCGACCCACCACCUUGCUUCGAACCCAGUUCACACCACGUAACCGUCCCUACCGGGUUAACCGACGACGAGUUCUCUGAGUUGAUCCCUUCCAUAACCGAGUUCCACACCUACUCAGUGGGUCCAGGUCAGUGUUCUUCCUUAUUAGCCCAGCGUAUCAACGCCCCUCACACCGCCGUCUGGUCCGUUGUACGGCGUUUCGACAAACCCCACACUUACAAACACUUCAUCAAGAGCUGUUCCGUGAAGGAAGGUUUCCAAAUGGUCGUGGGCUCCACGCGUGACGUCAGCGUGAUAUCCGGGUUGCCGGCUGCUACCAGCACCGAGAGACUCGAUAUUCUGGACGAUGAGCGAGAGGUCACCGGGUUUACCGUUCUUGGAGGUGAGCAUCGGUUGCGUAAUUACAGGUCGGUGACUACGGUGCAUGGUUUCGAGCGUGACGGGAAGAUCUGGACCGUCGUUUUGGAAUCUUACGUUGUUGAUAUCCCUGAAGGGAACUCGGAGGACGACACGCGGCUGUUCGCCGAUACCGUCGUCAAGUUGAACUUGCAACAGCUGGCGUCCAUCACCGAAGGUUUAGCGCGUGAUGCUACCGCUGCUGACGGUAAUAAACCACAGGUGAUGUGAAGGAGAAAAAAAAAAAAAGACAAAAGAGACAAAUACUCAAAUUAGGUUAGGAUUAACACUCUUCAAGAAUAUUUAAAAAUAAAAAUAUAUAUGAGAAUUUAAAAUUUUAACAUUAGAUUUUUUUUUAAAUUUCCUAUUCUGUGAUUAUCAUUUUUAUGUUAAUGUUUAUUUCCUUUUCAGUUUUAAUCUCAAUGCAGUUGUGCAUAAAUGUGUUGAUCAUUUGAACCAAUAUUAUCAUUUUGUUAGGAUUAAAUUUUAGUAAGCAUUAAAUGUUUGUAAUAAAGAGGGGAUUAAGGAAGCAAGUAAUAGUUGGAUUUGAGAA